CAGAAAGAGAAACUAACCAUUCAAUACAGGAUUCUCAAGCUCAGAGCACCAGUCCAUUUGUUGUUUUUAUAAGUGAUUCUCUGUGUUAAAUAAACUUUUAGUAUCUAUUGAAAUAGUUUUGUAAUACAAUUAGUUAAGUAGUAGAGCUGAAGAAAUGGGGAAAAAAGAGCAUUAGGAGGUGAUGUUUUCCAGUGGUUUAGCUCUAGGAAUAACCAGUAUUAUAACAUAUGAAUUAUCUAGUCAGUGCUUAUUAUAAAUGUUAAAAGUACUAAAAUAAUUAAUGGAAUUGAGCAUGAUUAAGAUAUUGCAUCUACCAAGAAAAAGCAUAUGGCUUAGUAAUCUGUACUUGUCUGAAUAAAAGGCAUUUUGGUAUCUCCAAGAGGCAAGUCAAUAAACUGAGGUAAAAGAAAUGGAAGCGAUGGCCGGGCCUUGGACCCAGGAAAGCAGCAGCAUCAAGUUCUGUCAGGGUUGUCAUCCUGGAGAGGAUCUGGAAUUCUGUUGGGAGAACGAUACUGCAUUUUACUCUGUGAGUAAAGGCCAAAAGGUAAACCAUUUUGCUUUACCUGGGCAAGAACCUUCUCUCAAGCACGUGAAGCAGAGAUGUCAACAGUACACCCAGUGCGAUCACUGGGAACAUCACCCAGAGCAGGCCAGUGGGAUGGUGCUUUGAGGGAAUACCUCCCCCACAGCAAGGGAAACUUGGCUGUGAAUUAAGGGCUGCAGCUGGACCACCUUUGAACUCAGCUUCUCAUCUUGAUGCAGGCACUUGGCUUUGAGGCACCGAGGCAGGGCUGCUGCACGCUGUGGCUUUAAGGCACUGCCAGACAGCAGGUCCUCUCCGGGCUGGAGCACCAGGCAGUGAUCCUCUGCUCCGCAGGGCUCGCAGCACUCGCUGCUCUCUGCUUAAUAACAUUUGGCUGCUUAUGAGACAUCUGACCUCAGCUCCAAGCUGCCUUCCAGCGCAGCAGAGUUCCACCUGGUGCGGGCGGCAGCUGCCACCAUGGCAGCAUCGACGGGCUCCCCUGCCACCAAAUCUGCCAAGUCCGGCAAAAAGUACCGCACGGCGAAGCGUCACGCUGGCAUCUACACCUACCAGGAGCCACCCCACAGCAACUCAGAUGACGAUAUCGGUGAAGAAAAGGCUGAGAGCCAUGACCCAGAGCAGAUCUUCCAGAACAUCCAGUACCAGAAGGAGAUUAUGUCCAACAUCCGCUGCCGGCCGUGGCCGAUGAGGCAGAAGCUGAGGGCGCUCAGGCAGGCGAAGGAGAUCGUGCUGAAGUACGAAGGGAGGCUCACUAGAACCAGAGGUUACCAAGCUGCUGGUGCAGAGCUUUGGAGGAAGUUUAUUCGACUUGCAUAUAAUUUUGUGGUAAUCUUUAUUCCUUGGGAAAUGAGAAUAAAGAAAAUUGAGAGUCAUUUUGGGUCUGGAGUUGCCUCUUACUUCAUUUUCUUGAGAUGGCUGUUUGGAAUCAAUAUUGUACUUACCAUAAUGACAGGAGCAUUUGUAGUCUUACCAGAGCUACUGGCCGGAGCACCGUUCGGCAGCACGGUCAGCAAGACCAUCCCCAAGGAGCACAUUGCAUCUGCUCAAGACCUGGACACCAUCUGGUCACUGGGGGGCUACCUCCAGUACUCCGUUUUGUUUUAUGGCUACUACGGCCGUGACAGGAAGAUUGGGAAAGCUGGAUACAGGCUGCCUCUUGCCUACUUCCUUGUUGGAAUGGCAGUGUUUGCUUACAGCUUCAUCAUUCUUCUUAAAAAAAUGGCAAAGAACUCAAGAAUGAGUUUAGCAAGUGCCUCUGAUGAAAAUUACACUUUCUGUUGGAGACUGUUCUGUGCUUGGGACUAUUUGAUAGGAAACCCUGAGGCUGCAGAGAGCAAAGCUGCUGCCAUAGUCAACAGCAUUAGGGAAGCUAUAUUGGAGGAGCAGGAGAAGAAGAAAAGCAAAAACUUGGCAGUGACUAUAACCUUAAGAAUUAUUGCAAACAUCCUUGUGCUUCUCUCACUUGCUGGAAGUAUUUACAUCAUCUACUUCGUCGUGGAUCGAUCCCAAAAGUUAGAGCGCAUCAAAAAGGAAUUGACUCUAUGGGAAAAAAAUGAGGUAAGCGUAGUUGUGUCACUGAUCACAAUGAUUGCACCCUCUGCUUUUGAACUUGUGGCAGCUCUGGAGAUGUAUCAUCCAAGGACCACUCUUCGCUUCCAGCUUGCCAGGGUUCUUGUUCUAUACCUGGGAAACCUCUACAGUUUAAUCAUUGCACUCCUGGAUAAAGUGGACAGUAUGAGUGUCACUGUCUCUGGCGUUAACAACAAUGCAAGUAAUUCUACCACCUCCUUAGCAACCAAAACUCUUUCUAAAGAUGACAAUUUAACUCUUCCUAAUGCACAAAUUAAGAGAAGCGGCAUUGUCACACUGGAAGAGCAUCAUGCUCAAGAUUUGAUGGUCUCUGAAUCACUGGUUAACAAAACAACUUCCUUUAACACCCAGAACCCACAGGAUCAGUGCUGGGAGACGUAUGUUGGUCAAGAGAUGUUAAAGCUUUCAAUUAUCGACAUGAUUUUCACAGUCGCAAGCAUCCUGCUGAUUGAUUUUUUCCGUGGACUGUGUGUCCGAUAUUUAAGUGACUGCUGGUGCUGGGAUCUAGAAAGCAAGUUUCCAGAAUAUGGAGAAUUCAAAAUUGCAGAGAAUGUAUUGCAUUUGGUCUACAACCAAGGAAUGAUCUGGAUGGGAGCUUUCUUUUCACCUUGCUUACCAGCAUUCAAUGUUCUCAAGUUGAUUGGACUCAUGUAUCUCAGGAGCUGGGCUGUGCUAACGUGCAAUGUACCACAUCAGCAGGUUUUCAGAGCAUCUCGGUCCAAUAAUUUCUACUUGGCCAUGUUGCUGUUUAUGUUGUUCUUAUGCAUGUUACCAACAAUUUUUGCUAUCGCCAGAUAUAAACCAUCUUUAAGCUGCGGACCCUUCAGUGGUCAAGAAAAAAUAUAUGAUAUUGUUUCUGAAACGAUUCAAAAUGAUUUUCCCACAUGGUUCAACACAGUGAUUACUUACAUCAGCAGUCCUGUGGUUGUCCUUCCUGCACUACUGCUUUUAUUCAUGCUAAUCUACUACCUACAAAGUAUUGCAAGAUCAUUAAAAUUCACCAACAAUCAACUGAGAAUGAAGAUCCAAACAGAAAGAACUGAAGAUAAGAAAAAGGUGGUUCAGAUGGCAGUAGCCAGAAUCCAAAAUCUGGAUAGUAAUGACAAGAGACCAGACCAAGACAAUGAUAUUAUCAGCCAGGAGUCUUCUGUUCGGUCCUCAACUCCCCGAAAGAAUGGCAGCGUCUUGAACUUUGAAUCUCCCGUGAGCAAAGGCACCAGAAUACAAACCAUUUCCCAAUCUGUGCCACAAACGGUGCCAUCAACUGAUGUUGCAAGACCUGUCAACGCAACUCCCACAACUUCAACCUCUUUAACGCCAGCUCCCUCCAUAACAAGCGUACAGAAACCAAGAAAUGAUCAUAUCACAAACAGAUACCCAGGUGUUGUGCAUAGGAGCACAAGUGAGCUCUGCAAAACGAAGUCCUGCACACCAGUGACUUUCAAAAAGCACAGUGAAGAUAUUCAUUCUGAGCCUCUCUUCAGAAAAGCCAUUCGGCAGGUAAAUCCAGAUGCCCUUGGGGCAGGGGCUCCUGUUUUCGUGGAAUGUAGACCAUAUGCUACCAGGUAUUUUCUGGUUAAUGAAAAUGAGCCCCGCAAAAAAUCCCUCCGUUCUACCUCCCGACUCCAAAGGCAUUUCAGAAAGGAGGAGGCAGGAGACAUUAUUGAGUUGUAUCCACGCCAUGUCAGAAGAUACGUUGUUCGAACACCUCACGAGAUGUAUUCCUCUCAUCCCAGUGAAGACGAGGAGGAUGAGGAAGAACUUGGGAGAGAAUUAAUGAGCAGAUCUCACCGCCCUCGCUCACUGUCUGACCUUCGCCCAGCACCACGGUUUUACAUCGGGGAACAUGCUGCCAGAGUGCAUUGCAAAUCCUGGGAUGAUGGCUUCGAGUUGGAACUGGACAGGCCUCCAUAUGCUUACAAAAAAGUACACCUGAACUAUCCUGAGCCCCGUGUGAAACCAAAAUCAAAGCAAAAACUGGAGCAAUCUCUAACAGAAUCUGAUUCCAUUUCCAUUGAAUCCAGCAGUGAUCCGCAGAACAGCAGCAAUGACCAGUACAUCCAGGUCAUUCACAGCAAGGACAAGUAUCCAAAAUCUGGAACAAAACUCACCAAAAAGAAAUCAAAAAACAGUGUUGAUCUAAGUAUGCCUGAGUCUAACGAACUGGUAUGCUCAAAUGUCUGAGAAAGUGCCCCAAGCUUUUAUGUGUUUUCAACAGGUGUACGUGCAUGUAUUGAAUUUGCUGUUUGAGGUUUACCAGAGUAAUUGUGAGAAUUAGUAGUCUUUGUAACAACUGUGUAUGCAGCUACUCGAGGUGGAAAAAGCAUAGUUAGCCUUGUGUUUUACUGUACCUUGCUUUAAUAUCACAACUGGUAUGUUGCAAGAGAAAAAUAUUCCAAGUUGUUCCUUACUGCUAUGCUGUUAAAAAAACCAAAAUAUCCACGUACUGGAAAAUCAAAAGCUGUGUACCUGGGGCACUUCCUUUGAAUCAGUACAAAAAUAUGAGAUGAAGUUCUCUUUAUCUGACACAGUCACAGCUAAAGAUGCUUCCAUUGAAUAAAUUCAGCCAGGAAUCAGC